AUGUCACAUCAGCCAAAUAUGGAACCACGUGCUCGUAUAAAUAAAAUGUCGGCUGAAGUUGUUGAUACAAAUCCCUACAGUCGUUUAAUGGCACUUCAGAGAAUGGGCAUCGUUGCAGAUUAUGAACGUAUUCGACAAUAUUCUGUUCUAAUUGUGGGUGUGGGAGGUAUUGGAAGUGUGGCAGCAGAAAUGUUAACAAGAUGUGGAUGUGGGAAAUUGUUGUUAUAUGACUACGAUAAAGUUGAAUUGGCUAAUAUGAAUCGAUUAUUUUAUCAACCACAUCAGGCUGGAUUAAGUAAAGUCGAAGCAGCAGCAGAAACGUUGAGAUUUAUUAAUCCAGAUGUUAUAAUUGAAACAUACAAUAUGGAUAUAACAAAAAUAGAUAAUUUUCCAUUAUUUAUGGAUAAAAUACGGACAGGAAGUAAAGAUGGCAGAAAUGUUGAUCUUGUACUUAGUUGUGUGGAUAAUUUCGGAGCAAGAAUGACAAUAAAUACUGCUUGUAAUGAACUUGAUCAGAUAUGGAUGGAAUCUGGUGUUAGUGAAAACGCCGUCAGUGGUCACAUACAGUUGUUAAUACCUGGUGAAACGGCUUGCUUUGCAUGUGCUCCUCCGUUGGUUGUUGCAGACAAUAUUGAUGAGAGAACGCUGAAACGUGAGGGUGUGUGUGCAGCCUCUCUUCCGACAACGAUGGGUAUUAUCGCUGGUUUACUGGUUCAAAACGUGCUUAAAUAUUUACUUAAAUUUGGUCGUGUAUCGAAUUAUGUUGGUUAUAAUGCUCUUGAAGAUCAUUUUCCAACAAUGACUUUGAGACCAAAUGAUGAAUGCGAUGAUAGUUAUUGCAGAAAAAGGCAAAUCGAACAUCAAUUGAAACAUAUUGAACCUGUCCAAGUCGUUCAUCAACCUGUACCAGAUGUUAUUCAUGAAAAUAAUGAUUGGGGUAUUGAAUUGGUAGCUGACAGUUCCCCAACCAAUGAUAAUGAUGAAGAUUCCUCUCACUCACAGCUAAUUGACGUUGUUAGCGGCAGCGUUGAUCAAGUAAAAUAUGCAUACACAAAAAAUAGAGAAAAAAAGCUUGUUCAUCAGUUUGAUUCCGAUGAAACAUCAGCUGCAUCAUUGACCAGAGAUGACGAUAUUUCAAUAGAAGAUUUAAUGUUAAAAAUGAAAGGUUUAAAUGAGAAAACAUUUUUAUUUUCAAUAAUGGUACUACCCAUAUUUGUUAGCACAUUAUGUAUGGUGUUGAUGUCAACUGUGUUUGGCGACGAAAGAUGUCUUUCUCCAAAUAUUCAAAGUCAAGGUUCAUUUCCACUGAAGUAUGGCGAUUCGUCAAUCGUUGCUUAUGGUACUGUCACAAGUAAAUCGAUUUAUCCAACAGAUCAACAUUUAUUUAAUGUCACAUUCCAAGUUGACUGUGUGUUGAAAGGGGAAAUAAACGAAAGAAAAAUCAAUAUCACUCAAGCAGGUUCAGCACCGAAUCAUAAUGGAUGUCAAUAUUUGGAUGUUGGAAAACAAUAUAUCGUUUUUAUUCAGAAAUUUUUCAAUGUUUAUUCUCCCAUGGACAUGGAAGAAAUUGAACUGAGAAAUGACACAACAGCUAAUAUAUUUGAACAAUAUUGCGAUUCAGCGGAUGAAAGUCUUACACUGUAUUAUUAUACUCUGAAAUAUGAACCGAAUUCUGUUGUUGAUAAAUGUGGUAUUUUAUCAGCAUCUUGCAACGAAAAAGUUAAAAAUUCAUUCAUAUCCCGUGAGUAUGGUGUUGGAUUUCCAUUUCUCACUCAUCAAAGUAUCAUUAUCGGUGGUUAUUCGACAGAAACAGUUACGAAUAAUUCAAUUCAUCACAUGGUUAAUAAUGGUAUUGAAUCAUUCCAGCAUCAACCAGAACACAAAGGCAAAUCGGCAAUAGCCGAUGAUCCUAAACAUGGCAGUGCUGCAUUCUUACAUUAUCAUCUAUCACUUGUUUUUACAGGUGUUGUCUACUUUCUAUUUUUGCGAUAA